UUUAUAGCCUUGUUAUUGUCAUUUUAUUGUGUUACUAUUUCCUUUUUUUACAUUUUGCAAAUGUUUCAUAUUUUUUAAUUCUGCAUUGUUGGGAAAUGGCUGGUAAGUAAGUAUUGCACUGUAAAGUCUACACCUGUUGUAUUCAGAGCAUGUGACAAAUAACAUUUUGAUUUGAUUGGAAAAUAUGUAUUUUCCAGAUGUUGAAAUCAGGUUAAUUUUCGGCUCUGAAUGAAAGUUGAAAAGACAUAAUUUACAGAUGUUGAAAAUAAGUGCCUACUGAAUUACCAAAAUGUAAAUAUAAAAAUAAUCACUUGCAAAACAUGCUUGAUAUAAUUCUAAUGAGCUCCGCCCUCAAACAAGUUCAUAUUUGAUCAGAGGACCAGACCAAAGCUGAACUAAUCAUAGAUGUCUAGGAUGUUUCACAAGUUUGAACAGCACAGUACAAUAUGCCACAGUUCAGCACAGUACAGAAUGGUACAGGACAGUACUUUUAUUCAGUAGAGUACAGUACAGUUUAGUUCAGUAGAGUACAUUAGAGUAAAGUGGUGUACAAUACAGUACAUUAUACUGUACUGUACCAUACUCUACUUUUCUUUAGUGACUCGACCAAAUCUGAACCAAUCAUAGAUGUCCAUGUUUGGGCCAAAUCAAGGCCGGUCACGACUGGACCAAAUCCGAACCAAUUAUAGACGUCUAGGUGUGUGCCAAAUGUGGUCCGGACGUUGAAAUCAGGGUCGGUCCUGACCUCACCAAAAACAUCACAAAAAAAAUGGCUGAUCCGGACAGGACCAAAAAAAGACGUCCAACAGACGUUGGCGUUGGUCCGUGCUUGGUGGGUGGGUUCAUUGGGCUCAUCAAGCCGCUGCUACCGAAGCAAGAGACCCUGGAUUGGACGAUUUCUCCUUUCAUUUCAGUAGGCUAGCAGCUUUCAUAGCCUCUUAGCAGACGGGGGAGAAGUGUCAGAUGCAGGGAAAGGGGUAGCUAGGUAACCCGGCUUGCCAAGGUUUACGAUGGAAACGGCACCAAACGUUACGCUUGACCUUUAAUCAGGACACAGAAACUCGAUCUGCUGACGAUUCCUGCCUAGUAUCUGCCAUUUUUACGUCAUUCGAGGCAUUUUUCAAACGUGUUAGGCUACUAUAGCCACAAGCUGGCAGGCUAGCUAGCUAAAUUAAUAUGCUUAACGUUACCUGAAAGACAGCAUGUUGGCUAUUAAUGGAUAAGCAAAUUUUCGUGUGCUAACUGUGGUGGAAACUAAAUAAUUAUGGCUGAUACAUGUUCAAGAGGGAUGGAAAGAGGCAGAGGAAGGAUUACAUCAGAUUCUAUGACGAGAGGCGCAUAUCCUCAACAGUAUGUUCACCCUGGCACACAGCAGCAGGGCAUAGACAUUCAGGAGCUUGCCUCUAAACGUGUCGAUAUCCAGAAGAAACGGUUUUAUUUGGACGUAAAACAAAGUGCAAGGGGCAGAUUCCUAAAAAUUGCAGAGGUUUGGAUUGGAAGAGGCCGCCAUGAUAACAUCAGGAAGAGCAAAUUAACGCUGUCCAUGUCAAUGGCACCCGAUCUACGAUAUUGCCUGGGGGACUUCAUCGAUUAUUACGCUCACAUUGGGUUGCGAGGUGGCCUGGUACCACGGCCAGAAGAGCAGAGCAAUGGCCAGGGCCGCCCCCAAGAUUCCCGCAGAAGACAGCAAGAUCACCACGCAGCAUCAGUAUCUCCCACCGGCUCUGCGGUGUCGGAGGAGCAUACUCAUCGCGUCCUGAAGAGUGAAUUCAUUGAGAGAGACAAUAGAAAGUACUAUCUGGAUCUGAAAGAGAACCAGCGAGGCAGGUUCCUCCGCAUCAGACAGACUGUCAGCAGAGGACAUGGCACCAUGGGUUACUACGGCCAGGGCAUCGAGCAGACCAUAGUGUUGCCGGCUCAAGGGCUAAUCGAAUUCAGAGAUGCACUGUCGCAGCUUAUUGAAGACUACGGCGAUGGUGAUGCCACGGAUGAGCGUGGAAGAGGCAAUAGGAACCACGAAGAAUCCCCCGAGCUUCCCGAGGCAGAAUCCUUUCGAGUGGACAAUAAGAGGUUUUAUUUCGACGUUGGUUCCAACCGCUACGGUGUGUUUUUGAAGAUUAGCGAGGUACGACAGCCAUACAGGAACACCAUAACAGUCCCCAUGAAAGCCUGGGCCAGAUUUGGAGAGAAUUUCAUAAGGUAUGAGGGAGAAAUGCGGCGAAUUUUCACCUGUCACGAGAAGAGGACAGAGACUCGCGAGGACGGUGAAGACCAAGAGGAUUGACAAUGGCAUACUGUGGUUGUUAGAGGUUUCUAGUGAUGGUGGGUUAAAACGGAAAAGGGAAAAGGUAAACGUGACAAUAUCCUAGUUUAUAAGAAAAAGUAUUCUCAAUGUACCUCUAUAAUACUGUACUGUAUGACUAUUGUCAACUAGCACUUUUACAUUUUUCAUGGUUAUUGUGUUUCAUUCGUAUAUUUAGAUUAUGGCAUCCGUUUUGAAAUCGGUGCAGGAGGACGGUUUGCCUAUUCUUGCACAAUGAAAACUAAUAUACAAAAUGCUAGAUGAUAAUAUAGCUAGGUCAUUUAUAUGAAGCGUAGAAAAAUGUUUCGUUGUGGUCGACUGUCCAUUUCAAGAAUUGCAGUGUGUGUGUGAAUGUACGUGCGUGUGCGCAUGUGCUUGUUUGAGUGAAGAAGAAAAAAGGUGAGCCCCAUAUACCUCAGGGUGAGACAUGAUAGUGUACAACUUCCGGUAUCCCACCAGCAUUGGCAGUGGGGUGUAUUGUAAGAUUUACAGCUGAAGGCUAGACAUGAUAUUGUUGUUUAAACAUCAACAAUCAUUUGCUCUGUGUAGUUAGUAUUUAAUGAUUGAGGAUUUAAUCUUUAGUAUAGAAUAAACAAGGAUGAAGGAUUUGGGGUAUUGUUAUCCGUGUGGUUUUGGCACUAACCAAAUAUAAUAAUAAUAAUAAUAAUAAUAAUAGUACUUGAUAGAAAUGCACGCUACCACUAGCCUGAACUCCAGAACCUGUUUUGCUAACAUUCCACUCCAUGUACUCUGUGUCAUGCCAAACAUGAAAUGACAUAGCAAAGAGUGGAAUGAUAACUCAAACAGACUGGUACCCAUGCUACACUACUAUGAGAAUAUGUAUCUAUAAACAAUGUCUGUCUGCAAAAUAACCAUCUAAUGCCUAUAUGAAAGAUAUGAUUCAUGGGCUUAGAUAUGAUAUACAAAGUGGGAGAUGUCAAUCAAGAAACUGUUGAUUAGCAGUGAUGCUGUAAUUUCUUAGUUAUAACGGUAGUGUUACAUCAUCUCAUAUACAUUCACACACAGCUUUGACAGAAAGAGGCUAUUAUUCAUGCAAUCUACUUUUUAUCGCACCACCGAGCACAGUAGAUGUUCAUUCCAUGUUUUUGGGAUGCAUCCCAAAUGGCACCCUAUUCCCUGUAUAGUGCCCUACUUUUGACCAGGGGCCCAUAGGGAGCUGGUCAAACGUAGUGCACUAUAAAGGGAAAACUGUGUCAGUUGGAACGGAGUCUUGGUGUAGCCUUAAAACUGCUCAUGUUCCAGAAUUUCAGUAAAAAUUCUGAUGCCUUCACAAAUCUUGCAAUGAUACUUGAAACAUUGAGAUCAAGCCCAUGCAGCUAUAAAUACACCCCAGAUACCCUUACUACUAACAGGUGCAACUUAGUCUGUGUGUCCCCAAAAUUAUCAUUAUCACAUUGUGUAUUUUAAAAGUUAUUUAAUGCAUUUGACUGUCACUUAUUAACAUAUUAACAAAUUAAUUUUAAGUGAAAACCAAAUUUCUCACUUGGAUUUUUUGAUGAUCUGCUAUACAAUAUUUUUAGUGUCAAGUCAUGCUGAGAAAAGCUCCUAACACAGAUCAUCUUUAUUGAUAUAGGCUUUGUUGCCUAUGUGUUAAUUAAGCAAUAAGGCACGAGGGGGUGUGGUAUAUGGCAAAUAUACCAUGGCUAAGGGCUGUUCUUAGGCACGACGGAUCGCAGAGUGCCUGGACACAGCCCAUAGCCAUGGUAUAUUGGCCAUAUACAACAAAACCCCGAGGUGCCUUAUUGCUAUUAUAAACUGGUUACCAACUUAAUUAGAGCAGUAAAAAUAAAUGUUUUGUCAUACCCGUACGUAUACGGUCUGAUAUACCAUGGCUGUCAGCCAAUCAGCAUUCAGGGCUCGAACCACCCAGUUUAUAAUGAGUUAGGCAGCAGACAGUUUAUCCCUUGUCACAGGUACCUCGGAGAUCUUUAAAUGACAGGUGAUAUUCUGUCUUCCUCCACAUCUAAAUUGUUUCCACAUUUUAGACCUCUGGAGCUUUUAUGAUACAUUUUUUUACUAGGUCUGGGAAUUGCCAGGGACCUCACGAUAUUAUCACAAUACAUAGGUGCCGAUACGAUAUGUAUUGUGAUUCUCACGAUUCUAUAUGUAUUGCGAUUCGAUAUUGCGAUUUGAUGUUCCAAAUGUAUUGCUCACCAUAUGUCUGCUGCAGAGAGACAAGAGAGAGUCAUGAGUAAACAAGUUUUGAUCAGGGUAAUAAAAUGGCUGAAAACAGGUUGGCUCAGUAUUUAAGAAGAUGGAGAACAAGCUAUAGGAGGAAAGAUACCAGAGUUUUGGCGCAGGUACAGCCAACUAGCGCUAACUAAUGCUAUCUACAGUAGCAAAAAAAGAUCUAUAAUAUUGUCAAAAAAUAAUAUUGCGAUAUGUAACUCGAUUUUUUAAAUGUUUAUUAAUAUUAUUUUUAAUCCAUUAAUAAUUUUCACCAUUUAGGGUCUGUGUCCACGAAACCGCUCCAUAGACUUAAUGCCAGAUAUGGUAAUGGGGCUGAUAUGGUCAGUGAUAUGAUAUAUCAUAUGCUGAUGACCUAGCUAAUCCACAUAGGAUACACCUCAUUGGUCUGAACACCUCUUCACAUGUCUGCUAGACAAAUGAUCUUGCAGUACUGGUAAGGGCUUAACAAUUGUUUGUACUAGUUGUAACCAACAUUCUGUGCUGAAACUCCUAUUUUACGUUUCCCUUGCAUCUGGUGAUAAAGGAUGUAUGAAAUAGGCGUUCAUAUUUCUUCAUUGUUUUCCUUUUGGCUGCAACUCCCUAGCAACUACGCCCCAUUGCACAGAGUCUAUAAAACAGUGGUUCUUCUGCAGAGCUUAAAUGGACAAAUGUAAUUUUCUUUACAUUUUGUCCCGCAUGGAAGAUCCAUUGGAGAGAACAACCUAAUAGAAAAGUCAGAAUGCAUCAUGCUACUGUCGCAUAAGUUCCCACAGUCUGUGUUAAGGCAUAUUGUGGUUUCAAAUGAAUGCCGUUGACUGAAUCUUGAAUCUCAAGGAAAGAGGUACUUUGUAUAUUAUGAAAAAGGGAUAGGUCAAUAACAAAAAAAAGACAAGGUUAAAAAUCGUUGUCUCUAAAACCAAACUUUAAUAUUAUGAUUUUUGAUAUCUUAAAGACCGGUAUUUAUUUUUAAUUCUUAGUGGUAGCAAUCCGAACCAUAGUGCAUGAAAAGCGGAAGAAUAGUCUGGUUAUUCAUUGUUUUUCUGUUAUCUAAUGUGUGGUAUGGAAAUUCCACUUGAAUGAUUGCAUUCAUCUAUUCCAACGUUAAAAGUUUUACAACUUAUUAUAGAAAAAUAAUUCGAAGCACAACUUUACGACAACAUUUGUUUGGAUUCUCAUACUUAAUCAAAAUGUGGAAUAUAUUAAAUUUGUUCCCAUAUGCUUUAAUUUAUAUCUACAUUUUAGAGUGCAGAUGCCCCGUGAUGUGUUUGAGAUUAUACGGCUGAUCACAGUAUUUUUGGGGGGGCAAAGUAAGAGAAAACUUGGCCUAGGCUAUAAACAAUGGCUUUUUUCCUCUCUUGGAGAUGGAGAGAGAAUAUGAGUGGGGAUGCACAGUUUAUUUCCUCUUUAAAACACAAGCCUCCCAAAGAAAGCACUUUAAAAAAACAAAAAAGCAGCACUUCCCUCUGCUGUUUAUUACUUAAUUUACAUGGAGGGAUCAGAUGAUCCAUGCAUUGGUUUAACUUUGAUGUGACAAUCAUGCACUUAAAUUACCACACCAUAAGGCUAAUCUUCUGCUAGAUGGUGAUAUCGCCUAUUUUAAUCUAAAAAAAGCUGCACUUAAAGAUAAACUGACCCAGAUAGUGGCCAUGAAGUUAUUAGCCCGCCCUUCUGCUCCUAGUCUUGUUUUACCUGAACCCACUGUGACCCCUUUUAAAUAAGGUCUUACAGUGUAAUAGCAUUGUUUUGUCUACUUGGAUUGGGUUGUUGUUAAAGUAAGGGCAGCUAGCAAUGGCAAUGUCCAAUGGGGUUGAUAUCUACCUUCAAUUCUCAAAAGUUCUCACAAUUUAGUAAAUAUAGUUGAGCUUUCUCUGUUUUCUUGUGAAAUUAUACAAAAUGAAAUGUCCAUACCUUUCUGACUCCUGUAGGCGUAUGGUUAAGACAAACUUUCUUUGAGUGUAACUUGUCUUGUUUGAUUGUCAAGUUUAAGGAUUAAAUCCAAGUUGUAGUGGUGUCGUGAUGAUAAGAACAUUAAAUUAAUUUACAGCUCCUUAUGGUUGCAGCAAAGGUUAUCAUUUCCAAUGCAAAGUACUCAAUUGUUGUACAUUUGGAGCUAAUCACUUAUAGAAAAAAUAUGUUGUUUUGACAGAACCACAAAUGCUCCAGAUCUUGCUGCAAAAAUUUCCCCUGAACCAUUUCACGUGGGUGGAACUAUCAACCCAACAUGAUCAAACAAGCACUUUAGAUUACGUGCACACAGGUUUCCUCUUCCUUAUUAUUCUACCAAACAAAAAUAUAUGAAAUUAAGUCAAUGAUAAAUUCUAUGGAAUUAAAGAUGAAAGAUAUAUUAUACUGUUCUAUUCCAUUAUAUUUGUCUGGUAUAUUAUGUAAUGCUUUCUGUAGUUAUUAUUAUUAUUUUUGCAAUCUAUUAAGGACGUUGUAUUUCACAAUUGACUCCACAGAAAAUACAGUGACGUACCGGUAUUAUCCAAGAAAGACACGCUUAGAAGGAAUUCAAUUGACUAUUCCGUAUUUGUAGCUUGCCUGAAAGCCAUACUAGAUCAUGUGUCGGCCUGAUAUCCAACUAGACUUGGGCAGGUGUUUGAAUGGUCAAAAAGUCUUUGUAAGAGCAAGCAAGGUCAUCAUUGAAGGUUGAGUUGGUCUCUUAUAAAUCACUUGAAUGAAUUAAAUUUGGACUGUUAUCAUCCAAACAAAAGGUUUUACAACCUUUUAGCCUUAAAACUUCUUUACAAUUUGGUGGUAUUGUUUUGAUUAGGAUUAUCAUUUUUAUUCGUUUUUAGAACAAAUGGAAAAGAUUACCUGUCAAUCUUGUGAAAGAAAUAAGAGGGAUAUGUUUAUUGCAACAGAUUUCUAUUGCACAAAACACCAAUGAUGUUCAAGCAUGUUUAGGAGAUUAUCAUUUCAAAAGCAUAGGCCUACUUAGUACUUGAGUUCCACAAAACACUAAUAACCACCUAACUGCAGUAGUGACAAUGAAGAGAAAAGGAGUCCCGGCUUCACUUGGGAAAAGUGAUGGCGUAUUUACAUAUGUUUCUAAUUUAUUGUUGUGUAGGUAGCGUGCUGUGAAAAAGUCUGGCUAUUGAAGAAGCUUUGUUGGUUUGUUUCUUUUGGCUUUUGUGUUUAUCAUGGCAUUACUGCAGUGGGAUUUUUCGAAAUAUAACUGUCUAUGGUAAUGAUAUAAAAAAUGAAAUAGUGAAGCAAAAAUGUUUAGUGUAUCUUUGGAUAAAUGUUAUGUACAACAUUAGCGUGUCCUAUAGAAUAUUAUAUGACUCAAAACAAGAAAGCAAUUGUUUAGUAUUCUAGAACUUUCUUUAACCUGUGUACUGUAAUACUUCAUGUUUUACAUGUAUGGUACCGUAUGAAUAUCCAUUUAUUGCCUUGUAAUGUUUGUAAAAGAUUGCAACGUUUAGAAAAAACCUAUCUGAGAAAAAACACGUUUAAAAAAAAAGUUUAUGCAUGCCAACAGUUGGGUCCUAAACUGAAAACGGGGGGGGGGGGGGGGGGGGGGAAUUUACUAUAAAAAAUGGUGCUAUAUGAUAAGAUAUAAAGGUGCUCAUAUGAAACCAAACUGCAUGCAUGCAAAGAGGACAUUUCAAAAGUAGGAUAAAAAAAACUUGAAGUUCGACAUGUUGUGCACUCACAAGAUGUCUUCCCAGAACACACAUGGUAAAGUGCAACUGUAAAUAGCCUACUGUCAGUGGAAGCCUCGUCAUCAAUUAGGACAUGUACUACCAACACUUUGCCACCAGAGUGUCAUUUGUACUGGCCCCAGGGAGAGUCUGUCAUUACUACACAAUUUAGCAAAUUGUGUUUGCUAUAAGCAAAAGACAUCCCUACAGCUAGACAGAUGGGAGACAGAGACCUGUAUCUCCUACCGCUUUCAAAGCAGUUAGUACCAAGGUGACAAGAUACUUUAGCCAAAGGAAAUAGUGAUCGGAUCAGUGAUGCCUAUUUACAGUUACCCUGCCUCUGUGAGUAUGCUCCAAAAGAUCUAUAGACAAUCUAAUGAUAUUUUUAAUUUUUUUAUGCUAAUGAUUCAAAUGUUUGUCUUUGAAUAGCUUUUACAUGUAGCAGGGUCCGGGAGAGGGUAAAGCUGAAGAGAAUGCAGUCUUCAAAGGGUUAUGAUCAGUGAUUUAUAUAAACACUACAUGACUGAUAGGGGCGUUAUGUUGAAGCCACCGUGCCUCCAUCUUGGCACUCCCCCACCAUUGGAAGCUAUUAAUUUAUAAAUAUCUACAUUUGUUUUUGCCACAUAUAUUCUAUUACAGACACCUUAAUGCAUACUUUUAAAUUAUAUAAUGUGAGCUAAACAUAAAGUAAAAAAUAUAUAGCAUUUUCCUUAAAGUAUAGUUUUUUGAGAUUAGUAAUGUUACUGUCCCCACUACAACAACAAAAUACUUAAAUACAUGCAAUUUUGUCCUAGAAACAUUGUAGGAUUCCAUUCAUUCCUAUGGAGGACAGCGCCUACUGGGGAGUGUCAAUAUGGCCGAUACAUAGCGUCAACAAUCCAGGGUUUAUAUACAUCAUUGGUUAUGAUGCGGUCCUGGAAAAUGAAGCAGAUUCUCAUGGCAACAGAUGUAUUGCUUUGAAGGGUAUAGAUGAACAUGUGGAUGUUUUACAGUUGUAUUAACCAUCAAUCCUUUUAUUUUAGUGUUCAAUAAAAUUUUCACCAGAUU